GGUACAUCUAUAAAAAAUAUCAAUUGACAUAUGUUCAAAAGUUAACGACAACUUCCUCGAGGAUGUGGGACAGGUCUCCCUCUCUAUGAAUAUUACAGAGUAUGUGCAUGGAAUUGGUGAUGUAAUCACCACAAGAUUCCCGACACAGACUUUGUUGAGACGGACAGAGAAAAUACGUUUCGUACGUUACGUGGAAAGAGCAACUCCGAGAGCAAGCAGGCGAACCCAGACGGCGAUGCCCUUCCGAACCGUGCUGGUUCUGCUCUUGUUUGUAUUCUACGUUAGCUGUGGACUGACAGCCGCCGGUGAGGCGUCGAGAGGCCGAGGACGGGCCAGAUCCCGAGUUAGGCGGCCAAAUGGACCCAAUAUCCCAAGGAGGGAAGAGGACAGCGCCGAUCAAAAUCAUGAGACCACGAACGACGUGGGCAAGCCGUUGGUGUUCAGCCAGGAUAUUUACGACGCAGAGGUGACCGAGGAUGCCCCGGUGGGCUCGCUUGUGCUCACCAUAUUGGCUUCGCUUACCAGAAACGAGGACACCAAUCAAGACAUCGGAUAUCAGAUCAAAAAGAGGAAAACUGAUAAAAUUGCGCCACCGUUCAGAAUCGAUACACACACUGGCGAAAUACGAACGCUGAGGGCACUCGACUUCGAGACUGAAACUGAAUACACUGUGCUAGGUUAUGCCGGUGUCCAGGGAAACAGUAAGCUUAAAGCCAAAACCAAGAUAACAAUCAGAGUGCUGAACGUGGACGAUGUACCUCUGAGGUUCACGAGAGACAGUUACGAAGCCUACAUUAAUGAGAACAAGAUCGGUCAAGUCAACAACUCAGUGGAGUUACAGCAAGGCGACUCGCAGGUGGUAUUUAUGCUAAUGGAGUCUGUUCCGCUUUAUGGCAUCGAUAUGUUCAGGAUCAACCCCGGAACAGGGGAGGUGUCGACCACCACACCCCUGGACCGGGAAGAGUUCGACAAGUUCAUCUUGGUGGUGGUUGCAAACUCCAGGAAGCAGUCUGCACAGACGCGACUCGUAGUACACGUGAACGAUUUGAAUGACAACCCGCCAACAUUCCCCCAUCACGUCAUGACGUUCAGGAUCUACGAAAACGCCCGCUGCUGGCUGCCUUUAAACGCCACGGACAAGGAUAUUGGUGAAAAUGCAGUGGUCAAGUACCGUAUCGCUUGGGGUAGAUCUCGCUCAUUCAUGAUCGAGGAAGACACAGGGGUCAUACGAAACAUACGGAGGAUAGACUACGAGAGAAAUAAGAUCUUUAGACUCGUCGUCAACGCCUACUCCGGAAACCUGUUCGGAUAUACAAGAGUAGUAAUACGCGUGAUCGACACCAACGACAACCCACCGAUACUGAACGACUUUCAGGUGAUCUACAACGCUCUUCCUGACUCCCUGUCUGGUGCCGAGCUGACCCGAGUACCCGCACAGGACGUGGACCGUGAGGGGACGUUAAGAUACGGCAUAGUGCCUGGUCGGUCUCGCUGGAAUAACCUUGUUAAGGUGGAUGAAAUCACGGGCAUUAUCAGUCUGUCUAAGAAGAAAGCCAAGAAGGUCCGAACCAAAGUAGUGACAGACAUCACCUUCUAUGUCACGGACGGCGUUCACGGUGCGCAAGCUAGCUGUCUGCUUGAGCUGACGCCAGUGUCUAUAGAGAUGAUGGCCAAUGGUGUCAGCGUCAAUGUCCUGAAUGUGACAGGUGACAACUUCCUCCGCUCGGCCCGUCUUCAAGCCCUACGAGACGCUUUGGCCUACACACUCAACUCGCAUGCCAAUCAGCUAGUCAUAUUCAAUCUGCAGGAGGUAGCACGGGAUGGCUACCCGCUGCUCAAUGUCUCUUUCGCAGCUCGGGAUCUGGACAAUAAAUUCCUCUCCCGCGAGUACAUCCUGAGCACUAUCUACUUCGAGAGAAGGCGCAUCGAGGAGAUGAGCGGCCUGCCCAUUCUGCCAGCAGAGGAUGAUGUAUGCGUCUUAGAGUCUUGCAACGACCUGCAAAGAUGCGUGCCUAAGAAGAUACUGAGUCAGAUCUCGUCGGUCUUCGCUCAUUCCAGGGGAGAUCUUAUAACAUUUCGCGGUGUCCAUCCUGCCGUAGAGCAUACGUGUGAGUGUCCUGACAUCUACAGCUUUAACAACUGCUCCGAGGUUGUGGAUUUCUGCGAGUCGCAGCCGUGUAGUAACGGUGGGACGUGUGAAGGAACUGACGGCGGCUACACGUGUAUCUGUCCAUACCACUUUGCAGGGGACAACUGCGAGAUCGACUUCUCCGGUGGGAGCUGUUUUGAAGGUGCUUGUAAACAUGGCGGUCAAUGUGUAGACUUGGAUGAGGGUGGUUUCACGUGUGACUGUAUGUCUGGUUACGAUGGACAGCAGUGUGAAAUGACGUCACGGUUCUUUCCCGCUGGUUCGUACAUGACAUUCCCGACCUUGAAUCAGCGCUCCAUGAUGAGGAUAUCGCUCAACUUCUCCACAGAGAUGAGGAAUGGACUCCUGUUGUACGUGUCCCGCUACAGCCAGGUCAACGAUUUACUGGCAAUCGAGAUAAUAGACACUCAGAUCGCCUUUUCGUUCGCCGUGGGCAAGAUGACGAUGCGUGUUAUGGUGGGCACCCCCGGGGGAGUCAGCGAUUUGAAGUGGCACUUAGUGGAGCUAGUUUACCGCGACAAGAUGGUGGAAGUCAUGCUGGAUAGCUGUGAACGUAACGAAGAAGGCGAGAUUCUGAGUAAUUUUCCCUGUGUGGCUUACGCUACUCAAGCACUAGACGUUUCAACAUGGUUCUUAGACGUGAACACGCCUCUUCUGGUAGGUAGCAUUCCAGCCAAUCAGGAGGAAGAACGUAUUUUGAGCCGCGAGUUCAUUGGUUGCAUCAGAGACGUGCGGAUUGACAACAAGGUUUUGGACUUCGCCGACAGCCUGACAGAUUCUGGCACAGAACCGGGAUGCCCUCUCGGUUAACAGAUAACGGUGAGACUGGGUACUCGACUGAUGUAAAAUAAACCCGGGUGUGUCAAAACUGCGAUUAUUGUCUUGUUUAGAGGCGCUGGUGCUUGACUAACCGGAAGACCAGCGUGGUUUUAGAUUUAUUAAAGGUUUUAUUCAGUACAUGUAUAGAGUAGUGUAAAAGUCGUUGAAAGAUGCAUACGGACAAUUUAGGGUAUAUGCAUACUUCAUGGUUCGGGCGCUCGGACCUCAGUAUAGAUGUUCGGAUCGGUAACGAAACCUCCAAAGGAUCGGCAAAUUCUUUAAAUCAUUGUCAUUGUUGACAAUGAUUUAAAGAAAAAAAAAAUUGGCCUUCCGAAAGAUUUUCAGAAUUUCAUGCUAAUUUUUUCUCGACAAGCUCAAGUUGGAUAAAACCCAAAGUUUGUUCACUUGUAAAAGGACAGCCCGAUUUUCAGAAGACGUGUUUUUUUCCCGUAAAUAACAUGCCCUUGAAGUAGGGAAAUGAAUUGAUAUUUUAUCUGAGCAAUGUCGAAUAUUUUGCUGAACAUUAACACUUGGAGAGACAGCUGAGACAUUUUUGAGGUGAGAAUUUUGGCAUACAUGUACAAUAAUUUAAUGAGUUCAGUUCGUGCAGUGGUGUUCAGCUAUGCGAAUGCGUUAAUGCAACAGCAGUUAAUUUUCAAUCCAGUGACUUCAUCAUUCAAAAAGUUGCAAAUUUAUAAAUUUUUAUUACUGUGCGUUUUGUAAAUAACUAGAAAAAAUAAAAAAGUGUUGAUAAUAGCUAGUUUUAUGGUUAUCAGAGCAUGUUCAGAAGUUUGAUAAUUAAUCAAUGUGUUGCUUUUCAAACUUUUAAAUGCUUUUACUCUGUAAAUAGCCAUAUUUUAUCAUGAAAUUGUAAUCCUUUAUUAAUAUAAACAUCAGUAGUUAUGGUACACUUUGCACGGCCAAGAACAGGUUUGCUCGUUUGAAAUAGGUAUAGGUUUCCUCUUUCUACCCAACUCAUUGAUUUAACUGCGGUCAAAUAUGUACAGGUAAAAAGCAUGUACGAGCUCAAAUAUCUCCAAACACAGUCGACUAAUAUAGAUACUACUAUUGAUUUAUAUAAUUGGCUGUCAAAAUGAUAUGGCAUUUGGAAACGAAGUAAUAAAUCACAAAAAUUUAUUUAAAAA